CCCGGCCGUUGUUGUGGAGGGGCCGGUCAAGAUGGCGGCCGGGCAGGGGGGCGGCGGCGGCAACAACGGGACCGGCAGCGGGAGCGGGACGGCGCCCGGGAGCGGAGCGGCGGGGCUCGGGAUCCCCGCGCACCUGACCCUCUCCUUCUCGUCCGGGCCGCACUGGGGCGCGGCAGCUCUGCCGCAGUCGCACACGGUGCGCAGCCUGGAGCGGGCCCUGGAGGAGGCGGGCAGCUCGGGCAUCCUGUGCCUGAGCGGGAGGAAGCUGCGCGACUUCCCCGGCAGCGGCUGCGACCUGAGCGACACCACGCAAGCAGGGCACGUCACGGGUGGCUACCGAGAAACUCCUCGUUCGGGGAGUGGAGAGGAACCUUUGGUGUCCAGAAUUGUACAGCAAGUUGUGAGCUUGGCGUGUUGCCAGUUGAGUGCCAGCCUGGUGGGCUGACAGAAAGUUCCUGUCAGUGUCUUUGCAGCAGCAGAAGCUAAGGGAUCCCUGGCUGUUUUCUCCUUUUCUCUUGAAGAGCUUUUGAACAGCUGCAGGAAUGAUUUUGCAGACAAAAGAUUGCUUGCUGGUUUUAGCCGUGAUGGAGUAUCUAAUUCACAACCAUAAGUGGCAAUGUCUACUCUAGCCCAUUGUUAGUUUCAACAUCUCAGAAUGCUAUUUCUCUUUAGUGCAGCUGGAUGUGUAGCUGAGGAUAAAUAAGAUAAUCAGUGUAAUACGACUUCCUGUCCCUCAUGCUACUGUCUGUCCACAAAGCAUAAAAGCUGCAUUAGGGCCUCCUCUGGCUCUGUCUGUCUCCGAAGAGGAGGAAGACAAGAAGGCUGGAGAGGAGGAAGAACAAAGUGAACUUCCCUCUGUUCUUGGAGACGAUUGUGAACUUCCCACAGUUCUUGAAGACGAGGGUGAAUUUCCCACCAUUCUGGAAGAUGACAGCAAAGCUCCAGCAGCGUGGAUCGAGGAUGGUGAAUGUUUCGCAGCGUGGAAUGAGGAGUAGGAACAUCCUGCGUUGUGGGAAGAACAACAGCAAAGAUCUCGGAGCAUGGGAAGAGGAGGGCAAACAUCCAGCAGCAUGGGACCAGGAUGGGGAGCAUCCAGUGGCGUUGGAAGAGGAUGGCAAACAUCAUGCAGCAUGGGAAGAGGAGGGACAACAUCUCUCCGUGUGGGAAGAGCACCGUGAACGUCCCACUG